AUGUUCCUGCCAGACUACCAAUUCUUCUACUGUCCUCUGCCAGCCGCUGCUCGUGUAUCUGCCAGAAGCGAAGAAGAUUUGAAGGGCGCUUCACACUUUGUCUUUGAAGCGCCCAUUUGGAUUGCCGAAGGUCGAUACAGAGAGCGACUGCUACAGCUACAUUACGUCUACAUCUACUCAAAUCCUGAACGCCUCUCCUUGGCAAUUGUGUACAAUGUCAGGAUUGGCUUUCACAUUGGUGCUCUGCUUCAUCGAGAAGUCGAGCCAUUGGACCAUACCGUGUUCCGGAAGAGUCUGCACAAGGCACUGCAGUUUUAUCACGGUGCCUUUGUCUUGGGACAAAACAGCUCCUCCUCAUCCGCCCCCAUUAGUGCCCCUGGGUCCAUGGAAGCACUGUCCAUUGUCAACAAUCAGGCACACAUCUAUCAUCUUCCUGGGACACUACACAGGGGCACAACAGUGUCAGGAAAUUCUCAUGAGUCACAUCAUGUAUGCCGCGGGCAACAGCAGCAGUUACGAUGA